GGGGCGGAGCAAGAUGGCGGCGGGAGCGGUCUUACCCGUCUCCCUCUCGGGCAGGUUUAAGGGAUCCUUUGCGUAUUUUACAAUUAAAGACAGACUGCCCCAGAUCCUCACAAGAGUUAUUGAUACUCUGCAUCGCCAUAAAAAUGAAUUUUUUGAAGAACACAGUGAGAAGGGUGUUGAAGCAGAGAAGAGAGCUAUCUCUUUUCUCUCCAAACUGCGGAACGAACUGCAAACAGACAAACCAGUGACCCCUUUAGAAGACGAGCUGCCCGAUGCUGCACUGUGGAACCAAUACCUAGACUACCAACGAAAUUUAUCAAAUGGGAAUGGAGAGCCGAGUUGGUUUCAGUCCCCUUGGUUAUUUGUGGAGUGUUACAUGUACCGAAGGAUUCAUGCAGCCUUAGCGCAAAACCCACCUAUUGACAACUUUGACGUAUUCAAGGAAGGAAAGGCUCAAAAUUUCUUUGAAUCCCAAGAAGCUGUUAUUGCCCUAUGCACUUACUUUCAGGAUCUUCUUAAAAACAUCAAGGAUCUAGAUGAAAAGCAACUUAAGGAGGAACUUUUUAAGCUAUUGCAGGUGUCAUUGUGGGGGAAUAAGUGUGACCUUUCUUUUUCAGCCGGUGAAGACAGCUCCCAGAAAUCUAGUCCUUUACAAUCCCUGGAAAAUCUGAUACCUUACAUCUUAGUGAAUGAUAUGGAAAAACUUUGGUCAGUACUCGUAAAUGCCAAAAAAAAUGAUACAGAAAAUAGUAAAGUUAGAGUUGACAUAAUCCUGGAUAAUGCUGGAUUUGAACUUUUAAGUGAUCUUGUGUUGGCCGAUUUCCUGUUAUCAUCAAAGCUAGCUGAUGAAGUCCAUUUUCAUGGAAAAAGUAUUCCAUGGUACGUGUCAGAUACCACAAAGCAUGAUUUUAACUGGACUAUUAAACAACUGCAGUCAGCUAAUCAUAAGUGGAUGUCUAAAUGUGGGAUAAACUGGGAGGGCAAUUUGAAAAAGGGAGUUUGGGUUUACUGUGAUCACAUGUUUUGGACUUUGCCACAUGACUUUUCUCGUAUGGCUGAAGUUGCUCCUGACUUGUAUGCUGAUCUACAGAAGUCAAACUUGCUUCUUUUCAAAGGUGAUCUAAACUACAGAAAACUUACAGGAGAUAGGAAAUGGGAAUAUACUUUUCCAUUUCAUCAAGCCUUGAACAAGUUCCAUCCUGCGCCUCUCUGUAGUUUGAGAACACUCAAAUCUGACACUCAGGUUGGCCUAAAACCUGGACAAGGUGAACAAAUUCAGGCUUCUGAACCUGAAUGGAUGAUAAGUGGAAAAUACGGGAUAGUUCAAUUUGAUGCUGCUCUGUAGUUAAAUGGUUCCUAAUAUUCUGAGAGAGAGAUUCAGUCUGAGUUUUAACUACUUCCUCUGUUCCAUGCUUGGCUUCAGCAAAGAUUCUUUUUUGUUUGCACUUCUUCUUCCCAAGUGAUUUGUUGUUUCUGUUCCACAAAUGACUUCAGUGUUGUGUAAAAGUUUACAAACAGUAACAGUUUACAAACUGUCUUUGUAUACAUACAUCAGUCUGCAUUUCAAUAUAUUUUGUUUUCCUAAUGCCCAGUUAAGAUGAACAUGCAGUUUUCCAUAAUAUUUUUUUCUUCAUGAGUGGGUAUGAGUUUAUGGCUAACAAGUGAAAAAUCUGCUUCAGAAACUAGUUCCUCAGUCCCACAUUAGUGUGUAUUUACUUAUUUCAGGAUAAUUUGUGCUUCAUGUGUCAUGCUUCGCAUGAAAUUUAAUAUUUAUAGAAUGCACAAAUUAAUUCCAGGUAGAUACUUUGCAACCCAUUGCAGGAUUGUAUUUUAAAACUGUUGAAAAUUGAGUUGACUUCUACCAAGACUUUACUACAUAAGUUGGUUUUACUUGUUUCUUGUGUCCAUGGACAAAUAACUUUUGAUGUUUUGAGUAUAGUUUGCUGUACAUUAAAAGAAGAGUUCUUGGGUGAUACCUUGUAAAUAUUAAUUUAGAAUUUGAAAAUUAAAUUUUAAUUUUAAACUACAAGUGGAUGUUGCUAGGCAGUUUGCCUGUAGAAGGAGAGUUGUUGCAUCUGGCAGGAGGAUUAGGGGGAGGAAGGACACUCUCAUUUUAAGAAUAUGGAAGAUACUGUUUAUCCAAGAACCUCUACCAAAAAAAAAAGCACACAAAAAAACCAAACCCAAACCAAACCAACCAACCUAACCAGUUACAUUAACUGGAUUUUAGACUUAAAACAGAUUUGUUUGUGUAAACAGAUUGUUGGUGGUUCGAGCACUGCUGCCUGUUUCUAUUCUGAUAAUUCUCUUUAUUUGUCAAAUGUAUUUGUUUCUUUAAGAAGGAUGCCAUGAUUUUCAUGGGAAAAAUACAACAACAUGCACUGAGAAGUGUAUGUGACAGAAACAUACACCAUACCAGGUUGCUGCUGAUUGGAGCUGUUAGAUGCCAAAUUCUUCUUUUCUGCCCUGGUCUAAAAUUACUCAGAAUUUGGGGGAAAAUUUUGGGAUAUUUUAGUGAUUUUUCAGGGUGAAGUGAAAGGAAAAUGGAAAUGCAUUAUCUGUUUAUAAAGGAAAAAGUAAAAAUAGAUUCUGUUAAGACUUAAAAUACUUCUAUGGUUUGAAAUAAGGCCUUUGACAGGAGACUGGUGCAAUGUCAGUGAUAACCAAAGGUUUGUUAGAAAACGGUGGCAGAAUUAGCCGUAGAGUCUGACUGGGUUCUGCUUUUGUCUAGAGCUGCUAAGAGGAGGUGCACUUACCCCUGGUAGCCAGGGUGGCUGUUACAGACAACAGGAGUAGACAGCAGAGAAACUUCCUUUUCCAAUUUACCUACAUCUUACACAGUGAAAAAGAGAGGACAGAAGUGGCGUUAUUGAGUAUGUUCUGGAAGUGGUGCUAUAGCAAGGGAAUUUAAAUGUCUGUCUGGUAGAAAGUGGAUUUAGAAAGACUCCUGUGCUUACGGUUAACCGAAGACAAGAGUAAGCUUUGGCAGGCCAAAGAAAUAGGAGGGGAAGAUGGGGCAGCAUUUUGUACCUAUUUCAGGCUUUGAAAAUGAAGCUGGAUUCCUCUUCUGGUCAGUGAAAUCACUGGCAAAGCUUGUCUUCUGGAGAGAAUCAGCUGCAGCUUGUUGGGCUUGUACAAUAAAGAUCUGUACAGUGGGUAAAUACGCUCCAACUGCUGAUGACUUUGAUUGCUUGUGUUUGUGUUGUUCUUCUUACAUCUGAAAGUAUGUUAGUAUUUUAAAGUUCCAAGUUAAGGUAUUAAAAAACUAAGAUGCUUGGAAUUUCAGGGGGCAAUGUGAUACUGUAGGUAGGGUUCUGCUUUUGAGACCUGGGUUUAGUGUUCCCAUCUGCUUUGUAUUUCUGACUUAGUACUCCUAAAGGAUGCUUAUCCUUGGGCACCUGAUGAAACGGCAUAAAUUAGAAAUCCAGUCGAGAGAGCUGAAGGUCAGAGCUCAGGGGGACUCCAGCUUUGGUGCUUUGAUAAAUACAUAAGUGACACGAUGAAGCACUGGAGCAUCAGUUUCUCAUCUGUGAAAAUGCUGGUAACUUGUAUUAAAUGCACUUUAAAACUACAAUUUUGGAUUGAAGACAGAGGGAUGGAAGUUGUGGAAUAUGUGCAAUGCAAGCUUCCUGCCUUGUUCAGAGAGGCAACAUGAUGAGGGGAAGAAAUCUUUGCCUGUGGACAGAUUGUUUGUAAGGUGCUGACUUAAUUUGCUGGGGAGAUUUAAAAGUGUGUAAUGGACAAGAAGAGAAAGGAUUGUUUCACUGUUGAGGCCAGCCCUGAAGAACAGAUUUGCCUUUUGCACAAUCCUUACACAUGCUGAGAAGCUUGGUUUCAUUUUCCACUGGUUUCCAUCUGUCUCUCUGAGCCCAGGUUGCUCUCAAGCUGAAAACUCACAAUGCAGAUCACUGAAAAUUAAUAUUCUGAAGUUGUGAUAAAUGGAUUCCUGCAAAAUGGUAAAUCCCUUGGGAGAUGCAGCAGUAUUUGCUCGGUAUUACUGAGUCAGGCUCAUCAGAGAUUGUUGCAUUGAUGUUUGUGAGGAAACAGGGCAGUGAUGUCAUGAGUACCAUAAGACAUGCAGUUCUUUGAAUCUUAGUAACAGACAUGAUGUCAUGCUGGAAAAAAAACGAAAGAAAGAAAUUGAGUUAAUUCUGUUCUCCAGUUUAUUAAGUGUGCACUUUUCAUCUUUUGCCCCUCACAAGAGAAGUUUAUAUGAUAAUACACAGCAUGAGUACAUAGUUACAUGAGGAGUGCACAGCCCUAACUUCCAAAUACUUAAUUUCUUGACUUCUGUAGCUGUAAUUGCAAAGUGGUAUCUAUAGACAGAACUGAAUAUGCAGCAUACUUUUCUGUUGGUUAGUUCGUUAUAUUUUUGUAAAAUUUGGAUUGAUUAUAUAAAAAAAAAAUAAAUAAAAUGGUGCUGUAAUGCCAGCGUUACAUUCUUCCAUGGCACAAAAAUGUAAUGAAGACAGAUAUUGUGACAAGGCUCUGUGUUCUGCUGUAGGGUUAGCUACAGUUCAGUUGAAAAUAGGAAGUGCUUUUGUAGAUACUUAAUGUAAAUUACUUGUGUAGUAUAGCUUCAUGAAAUGGCAGCAUGUGCCUACUGCAUUUAAGUGGAAUUUACUGUUACACAAUAUCAAGCAUAUGUUAUAACAAUAGCAUAUGCUAAAAUACAGCAUGAUUUUUUUUUCUUGAGUAUUCAAGAAAGUUGCUUCUGUACAUCCGUGUUACAACUGAUUGCCCAAAAUGCUUGUACAGCAUAACUCGGGAACUACUGAAUUGUAUACCCAGAUUCUUGACAUUUUCAUUUCAUGUGCCAUUUGAACAUUUAUAGCAAAAAAAAGGGCAUUUUGAGCAAUUCUGAGGACCACAACAGACCAGCGUCUUCUGACUUCUAUUUUUUCUUUUUGUUCUACCUUUUGAGCAACUGUAUUUGUGAAUCGGGUUUUGAUAGUGAUUAUUUUCAUUUAUGAUGAAACAGGAGGAAAAGUAAUGUCACAGGCACAGUGAAAGGCAGUAUGCACAUCUGUCUGAAUACUUGAUAAUGCAUUAGAUAAGACAUAUACAAUAAUUCUGAAUGUAUAUAAGGCUAAAAAUAAACUUAUGUGGAAAAUAAGUUGAUUGUAUGACUGGAAACUGUUGCAAGAAUAUUCAAAUAAAUUAUAUAAUUUUGUCCAAAAGUCAAA